UCCAUACUGACGAUUCCAUCAGCUCUUGGAAAGGGAAGAAUGGGUAACAGCGAUUCCAGACCCGAUAUUCAACAUGACGGGGCGACUACAGUGUCUUGGAUCGGUGGAUACGGAGGCGAUACAUUUGAUUUCACUGGCCGCAACGAUGGUGCCACCCUCAAGAAGAUUGGAGUGUCAGUGGGUGGCGAGCAGAUCAAAGCUGUGCGGGCAGAACUGACCAACGGGCGUGUGGAGACCUUUGGAAGGGCAAACACAUCUUACCAAGAAUUUUUGUUCGGUCCUGAAGAGCGCAUCAUAAGCCUGACCUUGUGGGAUAACGGUCAAGCGUCACGUCUGGGUGGCAUCAAAUUUUGUACGAGUUUGGGAGUAGAAUUCUUCUCGUACAUGAAUCGCAGGUCGCUGAAGAACGGGUACUCUAUCGAUGUGGGGUCUGGAGUCUGCCUGGGGUUGCAGGGGAAAGCAUGCAAAGAGAUCGACUGUAUGGGAUUCCUCUUCAUCAAGGCCAUCGACUCGGCUGUGCUAACCAAAAUAAACUUUCCCAGCCUGCGCAUGUCCAAACCCCAGGUAAACAAUGACUUUAAGAAGUCGAAGACUUAUGAGAACAACACUGCUGUGGAUCAAGAGUAUAAAUUUGCGUACAGCAGACCUGUGAAGAAGUCUAUCACCUGGAGCAACACCACUAAGAUAGAGUCCAACCUCAUGUCUGUUGUAGCAGGGAUCCCGGAUCUGAUGGAGGUGGCUGGUGGGUUUACCUUGAACAUGGAAUCUGAGAAGUCCUGCUCAAUGACCGAUCAAGAGAACAUAGAAGAAUCAAAUGUGAUCAAUGUGAUGGUCCCAGCAGGAAAAACCAUGAGAGUUGAUGUGUCAGGGGGUCGAGCAGUCAUCAACCUUGCCUACACGGCCAUCGUGUCUAUCACAUGCCAGAAUGGCAGCGAGCUGAGCUUCAAUACCUCCGGCAUCUACAAUCGUGUGGCUUACACUAAAGUGAAAGAAGAAAUUAGUCAGAUAAUGUCAUGAAUGUCGAAUAAGAUGCAUCAACAUCUUACUUUGCACAGUUUUAAUAUUGAUUGCAUAACAUUGGUUUGAUUGCUAAUGCAGAGUGACUGUCACAGAUAAAUAAAUCAUCAUCAUAUACCUG